AUGUUACAGAUUCUCGAAGAACAUGGACAGAACUUGUUCUACAUGCCGCACGGUAUUACUAUCGACGAGAAGGGAAAUUAUUGGGUUACUGACGUCGGAAGCCAUCAGGUGCACAAGCUAGACACGUCUUUCCGCCCCAUCUUGUCAUUGGGAGAGAAACUCGUUCCGGGCAAUGAUGGAAGCCAUUUUUGUAAGCCGACCGACAUCGCCGUGGCGAAGAAUGGUUAUUUCUUCGUCGCUGACGGAUACUGUAACAGCCGAGUGCUCAAGUUUGAUCCCAGCGGAAAACUCGUCGACAGCUUUGGAGCCGCAGGUGGUGCGUAUUUAAUGUAUUUAUUGAAUUCUCAUAACAUUGGUAGUUUUGAACGCGCUUUCAAAAGAAACUCGCUAGCUCAGAACAAAUACGCAUGA